AUGCCACAAAUUCGUGUCUUGCUUGAUGUCUAUCACUUCAUGAUGAGGUACCUGGCUGUAGUCCUCAAUGGAACUCGAAAUCCAUAUCGAUCACAAGUUGCACAAGACAUUUGGGAUGUGAUUUUGAAGAAGCCUGCAGGAAAAGAUGGAUCUGCUGAGUAUUGGGGUCAGGAGGAACAAAGCAAACGUCUAUGUCUUGCCUAUGAGAAGUGGGAUGCAACUGGGAAAGUGUGGUCAGCUUCUGCAGCAAAGGUUCAUGCUGAUCAACUUGUUCAUGUGAGGAAGGGGUGCCUUGCACACCUUUGUCAGGAUGUUGCAUCUGAUGGAAGUCGCAUAGAGGGCUCCCACAAGGGAUGGAACUCAAUAAUGCGAUCAUUUUCGAGUGGUCUUGAGGUUUACACAGCCCUCGCGCAUGACUUUGUGUUGCAUCGAAAUCUUCGAGUUGUGGCUUCCUAUGGAUAUAAUACAGGUGUGGUGGGCAAAUUUGUUGCCUCGACGGAUGGCUGUCAUCACUUGAGUUUGGUGGAUGCCAUUGCACAGCUCUUCAAUUCCAUUCACAGAAAGUCGGAAGGUGGGGCGGUGAUCACUCUUCCUGUGUUACCUAGGGUUGAUAGUGGAGAAACAUUCGGAUUGGUGUCCUCUAAUCACACCGAGACCUUUGGGGGGCUCUUGAUAUUGAAGGAGGAAUCCUUGAAGCCUGAGAGGCAGAAAUGGGUCCAGACUUCGAAAGCGGAGUUACAGCUUCACACUUGCAAAAUGAUUAUGUCGCAGAGCUUGGAUCAACGUCUGGGGGAAUCUACAACAGCUCCAAGCAGUAUUCACACAUUUUUCAAACAAACUCAGCACCUAACACAGCAAACACUGGAAAUAACCAAAGUAGCAACUGCAAGAUCAUCAGAUCCAAAGAACCCUCAAGAAACGCAGUGUGUUACCAUAGCAGCCAAACCCCCAAGCAACACUCUAGAACCUCUUCCCCUUCCAGGGCGGCACCCUCAGCUGACUCACUCACAAUUUAUCUUCUCUGUUUCUACUUCAAUCAACCCAUGCUCACUGGCAAUCGAACGGAAGGAUGAAUUCUUCCUUUUCAUGGAGAUGCGCGCAGAACAUCAAUGGGUGUCCUUUUCAAUGACUUGCCGAAAAUGGGUAACUGCCACUAUUAGCUUUAAUGUGCAACUCAAGGAAUGGAAAAAAGGGGAAAACCUUGACGUCGUGAAGAAAAACCUGCAUGCGCUGAUGGACAAGCUUGCCGAGGUUAGAGGUUGA